AUGAACAAGCAGAGAAAUCAGCAAGAAACCAUGCCCGGGCAGGUCCUACAGUCGGACAUUGUCCGCCUGGGCAAGACGAUGCGCAGGGCGCGAGCGACCCUCGGCAAGACGACCGCCUUCAACUCGAGGUUCUGGUCCAACCUCGAGAGACUCCAACGUCUCCAGCUGGACUGCCUGGGCAAGCGCAUGGCGCUCCUCGGCUGGAGCUACAUGAACGCCAGGAAGACGCCCCACGCCAUGAGCGACGACGAGCUCUGCGCCCGGGGCGAGAACCUGGAGGAGCAGAUGUCGGCGCUCAAGCAGAUGGGCCGGGUGCAGGGCUACCACAGGCGGCAGCUGAGGGAGGGCGACGCCUACGGCAGGCUGCUGCUGUCGUGGGCGGACAGCGACGCGCAGGAGGGGGACUCGUCGCGGGACGAGGCCCAGGCGUGGUACGACGACGACGCGCAGGCGGAGCAGAGGGCGCGGCGGAGCCGGCGCGUCGACGACAUGGCCGAGCGGUACUGCGGCGUCGGCUCGACGGUCCCGUACCGGUGGGACCCGGUGCUCAACACGUGGCUGCACGCGAGCAGCGCCAGCGCCGUGGCCCUGUUCCCCGAGGCCGAGGGCGACAUGACGGACCGGGUGUUUGGCGCGGCCGCCGAGGUGGACGGCGCCCGCAACGGCCUCUUCCUGCACUGGCGGAUCGAGCGGGCGCUCGACCGGGGCUGGAUCGCCAUCGUGCCGGACGUGGACGCCCGCCCGGACCUGCGGGGGCCCAUCGUCGGCGGGCCGGGCUACGCGGUGCAGGACCAGAAGCUGGCGGCUUGGGGCCGGCAGCCGCUCAAGGAGUACAAGAUUGUGCUCAUGUCCAUCGCCGCCCUGGACGGGCAGAAGCUCACGUUCCUGACCGUCUUCCGGCCGCACCCGCGCUUCCUGUGGUGGAGGUUCCUGGCGGGCCUCAGCAGGGUCAGCUGGAGCGACCGGGUGGACCGGGCGAGCCUGGACCGCAUCAACAUGCUGGAGCAGGUGAUUCGAUGGGGCACCAAGGGCGGGUACAUGCCGGACAGCGUGGUCAGGGGCUUCUUCCCGCACGUCAACCGUGAGCUGCUGGGCAUGCUUGACUACGCAGCGCGGCACGCCGGGGUCGUCGUCGAGGCGUGCGAGGAGCCCGAGCGUGGGCACGACGUCGAGGGGGAUCCGGUGGGCGUCCUUGUCGCGACGAAGGAGGCGAUACGCAAGCUGCAGGUGGAAGACCAGGAGCUGGAUGUUGAUGUCGACGAUGGCGAUGAUGAUGAUGAUGAUGACGUCCAAGGACGAUCGGAUGAAUGA